AUGGGGAGGUUGGGGAAAGCUCUUGCCUGCCAAGAAAAUGAAGAAACACCGACUAAAUCUAGUCCUUCUUCAUCUCAGUCGCCAAAAUGGAACAAACCCAACGAUAUUAUUCGACUACGAUUGCAGAAGAGGAGGAAAUCACGCAAGACUCCUUCAGCUAGCCAUCAACGCCAAGUGUUGCAAGUCGUGGAUACCAAUGUCCAGGAGGAUAGUCAUGGCGACCCUGGUAGCCAUUCUUUUCCAGGAGAUCAGCUUGAAAGUCAUGAAAUGAAAGUCAAGCAAUCGGAUCAACAGCCGUCGCUAUUUGAUGCUAUCGACCAUUUUCAACAGGAGAAAAAAUUCAACAUGGCUGCGGAUCAUGCGAUCGAAAAUGCCAUUCCAAGUCGUCACUUUAAUGAUAUGCAAGAAUUGUCAAAGCUCAAUUUUGGUACAUCGUUGCCGGUAGAUUGGUCUUUAAAGCUUAGCUGCAGAUUUAUUUGUCAAACUCCCUUGCAAUGGUGUAAUAAUAUCACUAGCAAUGAUGAAAUUAUGGCUGUAACUAAUUUUGUACGCUGCUGUAAUCAGUCAGAGUUAAACAAUCAACCAGAUAAUCUGGGAACUUUGCUAAAGCAAUAUUUAUUGACCUGGUGCCACCCUGUAUUGCCUGGAAUAGAAUUAUUUCCCAGAACAGGCAGAAAGCCUUCUAAACUCUCACAGGCCGGUCCAAUAGUUACGAAUGAGCAAAUGCUAAAAGCAAUGAUGUCUAACUGGAAAGAGAGCUUUUAUUCUAUAUAUCACAUGACAAGGUGUCAGAAAUGUCCGUACUUCUAUUUAUGCACUCACCAAUUUAGUAUACUUUUUAUUGCUGAGGGCAUCAACGGCUCUCCCUCUAUUACCGCCAUCGUGAGUUCUACAACGUCAGGAUUUCGUCAAUUAUUAUCUAAUGAAGGAAUUCAGUUUCAUGCAGUUGGUAGGAAAGGCAAUGAGCAAGAAGCAACAGAUGAAUACAAAGACAAUUUUGUAGUCAGCGAUGAUGAAUUCGACGUCAACAGUGAUUCAGAUUCCCUUACUGGAAAUGCUGAAGAUGAUGAAAGUCACUUAGACUGCCAUAAUGUAAAUGAUAUUAACGAUCGCCAAAAAGCUUCUGCUUUACGAAUUGAAGGCAGCUCCCAUGUUCAUGCCUUUUAUAACUUUCUUCUAAAUUACAAGAACUUGGUUGCACCUAUUGGUUGGCAAGCUGGAAUUCCUCCCACAAUUCUAUCACCUGUCGCAUUUUGCGGUGGCACUCUAAAACCUUUAACGUUUAAAUGUAAUAAAAUGAAGCAGCCAAAUAUUCUUGGUAAAACAGAAGAAAAAUCCUAUUUAGAAAUAUCCGGGCCAGUUAUUCCUUGCCAGUUUAUUCGAAUAUGUAAUCUUUUACGCUCUGCUCAUGGAAAUAAUAUGAAGGCCUCCAUUAAAUGCUUGGAAUCUACUUCUGUUUUCAAUACGAGUGGUCACUCAAUGUUAGACGAUAGUAAUUCAAAUCAUCUACCCGAUGAAGUGAUGCCAGUAGCUAAAUUGCAAAAUUACAAUUUAUCUGAGGUAAUGUUGAAACAAUUAGCCAGUAAAAAUAGCCUUGAUGGAAAAUCGAUUAAAAGUGUACAAUUGAUAAACGGUAAUUUUCACUGGUCAACAGCGUGA